AUGCUGGUCAUGAACCUCCCCCUAAUCCUGGCUGCCUUCGGGCUCGCCACCUCCGUCGUCGCCUCUCCCAUCGGCAUGAGAGACGCAAACACGGCUGUCGUUCGAGAUGCGCAGCCCGUCGCCAGGGCCGUCCAGCCUGGAACUGUCCCCAGGCUGGCCAGGAGGACCGGCGAUGACAAGCCAGAGGUCCACUGCCACAAGCACCAGCAUCUCUCCAAACACGGCCUCUGUGCGAACAACCGCAUCAGGCGCAACUGA